AUGGUGAUGCAGAAUGAGAUUGAGGUUGUGGUAAUGCUGGAAAACCACAUCUUUCCUGUAAUCUGCAUAGAUCCCUUUGUUGUUGAUGAUGUUAUUGUUUACAGAAGAAAUCAAAGCAUCGUGGUGGUGACAAUGAGCGCUGUCCUACAAGUCACACUGAAAACUAUUUCAAGUGUAGAGUUCAUCAUAGGAAUUUUAGGAAACGCAUUCAUGGCUCUGGUGAACACCGUAGACUGGAUGAAAAGAGGAAAGAUCUCCGCGGUGGAUAAGAUCCACACUGCUCUAGCCAUCUCCAGAAUUGCUUUCUUGUUGUCAGUAAUCUCAAUUUUUUUGGUAUCAUUACAGAACAAUGGUUCAUUGGAAAAAAUAAGAAUGCAAACUAUUCCCUGGACUGUGACCAAUCAUUUCAGCGUCUGGCUUGCCACAUGCCUCAGCAUGUUUUAUUUUCUCAAAAUAGCUAAUUUCUCAAACUCCCUUUUUCGUGUUCUCAAGUGGAAAGUAAACAGAGUGGUUUCUGUGACGCUGGCACUAUCUCUGAUAAUCUUGUUUAUAAACAUUAUAGUCAUAAAAAUAUUCACUGAUAGAUUCCAAGAAAACACACUCCACACGUAUAGUUCAAAUAACACUGUAAACGUUCACAGGCUCUUUUUACUCAUCAACUCUGUUUUCACACUCAUACCAUUCACUAUGUCCCUGAUAAUGUUUCUCCUGCUCAUCUUCUCCCUGUGGAGACAUCUGAAGAACAUGCAGCACAAUGCCACAGGCUCCAGAGAUGUCCGCACCAUGGCCCACAUAAAGUCCCUGCAAACUGUCGUCACCUUUCUGUUAUUAUAUACUGGGUUUUUUAUGUCACUUCUUUUACAGUCUUUGAAUACUAACUCUCAAUAUAAAAAUCUUAUUUCUGUGUUUUUACGGAGCAUAGGAAUAGCUUUUCCCUCUUGUCACUCAUGUGUCCUGAUUCUGGCAAACGGUAAGCUGAGGCAGGCCUUCCUUUCUGUGAUGUGGUGGCUGAGGUAUAAGCACAGAUAG